AUGUUGGAAGGCACGAAGAUAAAUUCUCCUUCCCAAAUGUCGAGUAUAUUCGACAUCGCUAAAGACACCGUUUUAUUCCUUCUUCUCUCCUGCUACUAUAUAUUAGAAUCCCUCUUUUGGACUCUCGUCCCAAAUGUCAUGAGGCCAAUGAAAAGUCUUAAAGAUGAUGUUAUUCUGAUAACGGGAGGAGGCGGUGGAGUCGGCAGACAAUUAGCUAUCAGGUUAGCAAGACUUGGAGCUAGGGUCGUACUAUGGGAUAUCAAUAAAGAAGCAUUAGAAAAAUCCUGCAACGAUUUAAAAGAUGAAGGCUAUGACGUGAGAGGGGAUGUUGUAGAUCUAGCAGAUAAAGAAUCGGUUUACGCCGCUGCCGAUAAAGUUAAGAAAGAGGUUGGAAAAGUUGAUAUUCUUAUAAACAACGCUGGUGUCGUAUUUGGUGAAACUCUAUUGGAUCUGAGUGAUACAGCCAUAGAGACAACAUAUAAAGUUAACAUACUGGCACAUUACUGGACAACGAAGUCUUUUCUUCCGGACAUGAUCAGUUCUGGUAAAGGUCACAUAGUCACCGUAGGUUCAGUUGCAGGCUUGCUUGGAACGUACCGCUGUACAGAUUACAGCGCCACAAAGUUUGCUACUGUCGGUUUUCAUGAAAGCCUUUUCACGGAAUUGAGAGCCCAUGGUCAUAACACAAUAUACUCGACUCUCGUUUGCCCGUAUUACAUAAACACGGGUAUGUUUGAUGGUGUAACUCCUCGACUCAUGCCUAUGUUGGAACCAGACUAUGUAGCGGAGACUAUGAUCGAUUCCAUAAGAAAAAACGAAGUCAACUGCAUUAUGCCCGGAUCUGUCAGAUAUCUUUUGCCUUUGAAGUGCUUGCUCCCAGCAAAAAUGUGUUGGGAUCUAAUGCACAGAGUAAUGAAAGGGCCACAGUCUAUGAUGCAUUUGAAAAGAAAACCUAAAUUAAAUUAA